GGAGCUUUUUCAAUGGAGGUGCAGUUGCUGAAGCUUUCCUCAAGUUUUUCUCCGCUAACGAGAAUCGGAUUCAUCCCCAAACGGCAUCUUCAUUUCUCCUCAAUUUAUCGAAGUAAGAGUGCCGAUUAUCCGUUAUUGCUUGUUAUCAAGAAGAAGUACAAUCAAUCAAGGAAUUUCACGACGGCAAGCCGCAGGAAGGACGCGAUAUUCGACGAGGAGGCGUACGAGGCUGAGCGCCUGAGGCUGGAUGCGGCCGCUCGAGAGUCCAUGGCAGAGAAAUCCGAAAUUGAAGCCACCGAUUCCGGUGACCCGAAGGCGUGGAAAUGGACAAUCAGAAAACGGAUCUGGAACUUGAUGGAGGCACGCGAUAUUGCGCAGUUCCCCAGACCUGUUCACCAUCGCAUCCCCAAUUUUGUUGGAGCGAAUAUUGCUGCUGACAAAUUAAGUGAGCUGGAGGUGUUCAAGGCUGCGAAUUGCGUGAAAGUGAAUCCAGACACGCCGCAAAAGCAAGUCAGAUUCCUGACACUCAAUGGUGGAAAAAAGCUUAUAACUCCACAGCCUCGGCUGAGGACCGGGUUUUUCUCAGUACUUGAAUUCUCAGUGUCAAAUCCUAGCACCAUUAAGGAGGCGUGCACUUCUGCUGGAGCUGCCAAAUACGGAAGACCUAUAGGCCUCGAAGAGAGCAUAAAAGUGGACUUAAUUGUGAUAGGCUCCGUUGCAGUCGACCCCAAGACAGGGGCAAGACUUGGCAAGGGUGAGGGAUUCGCCGAACUUGAAUAUGGCAUGCUGCGUUACAUGGGAGCCAUAGACGACUCCACACCAAUCGUCACAACUGUGCACGACGAACAACUUGUAGACGACAUCCCUGUGGAGAAACUGCAGGUGCACGAUGUACCUGUCGACAUUGUAUGCACUCCGACUCAAGUUAUUUUUACAAAUACCACAAUCCCGAAACCUCAAGGUAUAUAUUGGGACAAGCUGUCGCCGGAAAAGCUCGGUCAGAUCCGAAUAUUGAGAGAAAUGAAGAAGAAAAUCGAGCUCGAAACCGGGCAGAAGCUCCCCUGCGGUCCAUCGGAAAAGUUGCCUCCUACAGCUCGAAGGCGUUGAUAAAAAAGGUUAGAUUUUUAUUGAAGGGGAGGGAACCGUGUUGAAUUUAUUUCAAAAUUUGUUGAAUAGAAUAAAUAAAUAAGGGUUUAUCAAAAAAAAAAAAAAAAGAAAAGAAAAGAAAAUAGUUUUUAAAAAAAUUGAACACAAUUGAAUAUUUGAUAAAAUAUCUGUUUGGAAAUAUCAAUAUUGAUGAAUAGAAUAAAAAAAUUUAAACAGAGGCAUAAUCUAUAACCAAAUCUAGACACUUAUUUUAUUUCAUUUUCACUUGUCUAUUAAAAUUAUAUUAUCAUAUCAUAUCUAUGUUUCAUACAAAAUUUUAUAAUUAUCUAGCAAAUAUUCUCUUAAAAAAUAAAAUACAAAAUCAUAUACACAUAUAUGUUUGUGUGGUGUGUGUAAGAGCACAUCCAAAUUGUUUUAUACUUUUAUUCAUUAAAAUUAAAGGGUGCAUAUUAAAAAAGAGAAAUGGGUUUGGAUUAUUACCAAGUCAGUGUCUUAGGAUUUGAUGUCAAUCUCUGAAUGAUACUUACAUAAAUUGAUAAGUAAUAACAAUGAUUGUUAUAUUCUACAUUGAGUGGAAUAAUACCAAUCAUCCUCCAAAUAUUCAAUUAUAGGAUAAAUAAAUUUUUUUGUCUAUUUUCCAUAACGACAAUUAAAAUUUUAUUAGUCCUUA